UUGACCACAUCAAAGGCUACAACAUUGCUCCAAAAAUACAUGGUAAGCAGCUAGCUAGCUAAUACAAGAACGGUACGACUGAUCGACGUGGUCGCGCUUACUACAAUACACAAUGAAGAUGUUAUCUAACCGGCUGCUUCAGUUGAUAUGGGCGCUAGUGUGCGUGUGUGUGGGGACUGUCAAUGGAGCUGCUAACAUUGAUAUCCUGGAGCCCAUUGUGCGAGUAUCACCAGCUCGAAGUGGGGACAGCCUCGACCUCUUUGGAUACUCAGUGAUACUGCAUCAAAUAGCUGAACCAAUUUCAGGCAACUUCCAGUCAGCCAUUGAAAACACGAGAAUAAUUGUGGGUGCCCCCAACGGUACGUUUCCUGGGGGACUUCCUGGUCUGGUGGACGCCGGCUCUGAUCCGGUCAACAACACGGGCCUCGUGUAUCAGUGUCCAAUAGACAACGGGACAUGCGGUGCAGUUGGGAGGGACGGGAGCACUAGUAAUCCCAUCAACAGGCGACUGUUUGACGAUCAGCCCGAUGGUGCAAACCUGACUGACUAUAUUAAUGAUCAAGUUGAUCCAACAAACGGUUUUGCUGAAAGUGAGCAAAAAACUGGUCAGUUGAUUGGACAAGUACUGAAAAGCUCUGGAAACUACUUUCUGGCAUGUGCCCCACUCUGGACCCCCAUCAGUGGAGGACCGCCUAACAACUUUGACAAUCGGAAACCCACAGGUCGUUGUUUUCUGUCUGGCAAAGACUUGUCAGAAUUUACAGAAGUCAGAACUUGUCUUGGUGAGAUUGAUCAGCCGUCGUAUGGAUUGCAAGGAGAGAAUAGAUGUCAGCUGGGAUUUGGGGCCACCUUCUUUGAGAACGCGGCACAAGAUACGAGCGUCCUUUUGAGUGGGCCUGGGACAGAAACUGGCAUCGGUAGACUUUACCUCUACAAUGACGUCAGUGACCCCGCCCCCUUUACAGUGGGUCAAGGUGCCGACCUCGACUCCAGAGGGUCUUCAGGAAUCAACUUUCCAACUGUCAACCAUUCAUCCUACGAGGGUUGGUCACUGGCCACUGGUAAUAUCUUCGGAUCAUCCGAACCUAUUUCAUUUGUCAGCGGUAUGCCUAGAUUUGACAGCAUUGGAGUUCGCGGAAAGGUGAACGUGAGGUCACCCAACUUUACCUUAUUUCCAGACCCAAACUUGGAGGGGGAGCAGAUUGGAGAUUAUUUCGGCCAUGCUGUGGAGACUGCUGAUCUGAAUAAUGACGGAUUUGACGAGGUGAUAGCAGGAUCUCCAUUCUUCAGUCCGGGGAUGCCUGAUGUCGGACGUGUCUAUGUCUACGAGAACAACAACGGUGUUAUUAACGAGACGGCUAUUAUGUUGACUGGGUUUGGACCAAUGGGACGCUUCGGUCACAGCAUCAUCAAUCUGGGUGACGUCAACGAAGACAACCUAGCAGAUAUUGCUGUGGGUGCUCCCUAUCAAGACAUGCCCUCUGACAAUAAUGCUCAAGGUGCUGUCUACAUCUAUUAUGGCAACAAAGACACUGUUAUCAGCAGGACACCUGAUCAGAUCAUAUCCUCCAGUGCUGUGUUGGACUUCAUACGCUCUCCCACCGUCACCUCCCUCAGGAGCUUUGGCUUCUCCCUGGGGAGUGGUGUGGACGUCGACGCCAACGGUUACACAGAUCUGGUGGUUGGGGCCUACGAUUCUCAAUUAGCCGUGGUAUUCAGAACCUUGUCUAUAGCUAUGAUCAACUUCACUCUGAGCACGGACAACAGUACAGUGCAGCUUGUGUCAAAUCCCAGCAUCAACAUCACCCUCUGUGCCGUGUAUAGUGGGAGGGGCCUCGACAACCGCCCACUCAACGUGUCGUAUCGUCUGACAGAAGAGCGGCAGAUUGUACGCAGUGUUCCCGUUAGCAGAACCACACCUUUCCAAUACACUGGGGUGCUCAGCUUCUCCAAUGUCGAUGAACAAGCCUGUGACAAGACCGUCGUACAGUUUGUGCCAAUUAAAGAUGCCGUGAAUGGACUGAGAUUACAAGACCCGGUUGUGAUGCGUCUGACCUUUGAAGCCAUCAACAGAAAAUUUUCGGAAAAUGGAGAGUUAAUUGACUUUAGGGACUUUCCCCUCAUCAGGUCGACUGGGGAACCUACAGUGUUGAUCACCCCAGAGCUCAACUGUACGAGCAAAGAUAUUAAUGGUCAGGAGGUGUGUCGUCCCGAUCUGUCCAUCACUAUGAGGGGAAAUACUCAAUAUCACUCUUCAACUGGGCGUACAAACUCGAGUAUUGUAGCCGGCGCUGUUACUAAUGUUGAGUUCCCGUUGAGAGUAGACAACGUGGCUAACGAUGGAUCCAUCAAUGCUUUCCUCAUGUUCACACUGCCAGAUGGUAUUCCUUUUACGUUCGGGAAUUCUAGCGGAAUAUCUUGCAACCAAAUUUCCGACACUAGACAGUUUCGAUGUCCUCUACCCACUUACAUCCCGGGAAACACUGGACUGGACAUCACGCUGGUAUGGAAUGUGGAUUCUACUAGAGUGGUGGGAACGGAAUCGAACCUAACAGCCGUAUUCACCGUGGGCAUACCACUGGGCUCUUCAAACAGCGACACGGUCCCUAGUAACAAUAUAUAUAUGGAGGCCCUCCCAGUCACAGCUAUAACAAGCCCUAGAGUGGUUAUACCAGAGAUUAGAGUGGUGAACCCACUUCUAUACGACUCAACACUGCCGGUAUCUCCAUUUAAUACUCCAACUAAUCUGGGCGAAACAUUUGAUAUAAUCGUGACUGUUACGAAUGAAGGACGUUCAACCAUUCCUAAUGGUCGCCUGGAUAUUAGCGUACCUGUCAGGGCACCUCUUCGGCCUCAGGAUGACAAUGUGGUUAAAUACUACAUCUAUGUCGGUAACACUUUGAUGCCGCAAGGGAUGGGCCUCACCUGUGAUAGUGAAGGAGUUAACCCUGACAAUUUAAAUUUUACAAGAACGCCACCAAGACGGAAAAGAUCAAUUGCCAAGCGACAGUCACCUGACAGCAGUGCAAUUGUUUCUGAGAGCUGUGACUUUGAUAGUCCCAGUAUGGCCUGUCAAACUUUCCGUUGCAACAUCUCCAAUUUUGUUAUCGAUCAAGACUUCAGUGUCGCAUUCGUAGGAGUGAUAGACAGGAGAUUCUAUUCGAGGGUGGCAGAUGGCAGCACGUUCAACCUGAGAAUGUUUGCUCGCUUCGUUUCAUUGGACGAAUUUGAUCGGUUUGAAGAUAGCCAAUCGAUUCUGGUGUCUGAGCGGACAAUUGUCGUGUCGCCGAGACCUCCGGAGCCGCUGAACAUUUAUCUGGAGGUGUGGCUCCCCAUCAUCGGAGCUGUCUUGGCCAUCGUUCUCAUCAUAAUUCUCUUUGCUUGUUGCAUCUAUUGCGGGUUCUUCCGUAAGAAGCGUCUUGAGCAGGCCAAGAAAGAUGCUGAGGGAGAGUUUGAAGUUCGUCAGGUGCCACCAGAGGAACCAGCUAUUAUCACCGGAGAAGACAAGAAGGGUGACCUUGGGGAGGACGCGGCACCCUCCAAAGAAGAUGAUAUCGGAGAUGCUGUUGAUCUUGAAGAAAAUGGCGGCUCUGGCGAGGGCCAGGACGGGGAGCCAGAGAAGGACCCAGAGGAGACAUCACUGUAAAAUCUCAUGCUAAUUGGAGGAGGGGAUCAAUUGUAGACUUAAAUAUUAUGUGACUGACUUUUUAGGUUCGGCUUGUUACAUACACUUGCACCCGCUUAUUUUUAUACGCAUACAUACAGUACAUGCAUGGGGCUAUUGUUAAAUGCAGUAUUUUAGAAUCACAUUCAUAAUUAUGCUUUAAUUUUGUAUUUUCAUUACAAAAAACAACCCGAUUAUGUAUAAUUAUUUUAUUGUG